ACCUCGGUAACAGGAGGGACCAUGAGCAGCCGCACUACUUAUUAGUUAUUAGUUUAGUCUGAAAGUUGGUCAGGUUAUAUAACCAGAAUGACCUGGUAAUGGUCUCUCCAGUAAAGUUAAAUAAGAAGAUGCGCUUAGGCUUACAUAGCAACGAAUGCAUUUAGUACAUUAAAAAACUAAGGUGAUGCUUAAGUUGCUGGGUUUUUUUUUUAAAGUUGUCGACUAAGUUAAGUUAUACAUAAAAUUAUAAAAGUUUUAGUUUUAUUAUUACUAUAUUUUUAUAUUAUUAUAUUAAUAUUAAAAGUUGUGUUUUAAACUAUGACUACAGUCUACAGUCUAGUUAUAGACUUUAUACUUUAUUUAAUAAUUAUAAAUAAUAAGACGUAGGCAAGGCUAGACUCUACUCUAGAGCUGACACUCUCAGGCUUGGAAUUAACUCAUAACUGCCUUUGGCUUUUAAAAUGGACCUCUGUUAGUACUGUUACUGUUACUCUGCACUGUAUUAGUAUUAAUAAUUAAUAUUAGCCUACACUACUAGAUGUUAUUGACUGUUUCCCUUGGUUAACCAAAAUUUCAGAACAAUGCUUAUUAUAAUUAUAAAAAAUAAACGUUUAAGGAUUAUUUAUUUAUUAAAAAAUACUUCUGUUUUAUUGGUAACCAACCCUAUUCCUAUUACUGCUAAUACUAAUAUUAGCCCAAACUUAAACUGUAAGACAACUAUCAUACUAUGCUUAUGCUUUACCAUUAGUUAUAAGUAACAUAUAUUUUACUAUAAUUUUUUUAAAUAUUACUUUUUUCUGAAUUGUGAGUGUGACUUGUGUGAGGUAUUUACUGGAGUAACAUUAUUUUAAAACCUUUAUUAUUAUCCACAGGCAAAAUGAAUGUUAUCUUGGGCAGGCAACUAGAUGCCAACUACUGUCUAAAACUUGUGUGGAGGAAUAGUAGAGUACCAAUGACACAUUUAUUUAGUGUAGUGCAAAGUUCUAGAGGUUUAGAGUUUAAUCUCAUCUCCAAUAAAAUAUUUGGUCCUCAUUCAAUGCCUAUUUGCACAAGCUCUACAUUUCACACAUCCAGCAAGUUAGCUGCAUACAUUGGGAAUAGUUCCAAACGUCAAUCAUUGUCAGAAGACUUAAGAAACAAGCAUGAUGAUGAGAUUCAGGUGGUUCAUGAGGACGGACAGAGUGACAAAAAACGAAUGUCUAGAACGAAAAUAAAUAUGUUAUAUUUAAUGAUACGCCCUGGAUUUUAUAGAAGAUCAACUCCCGUAGAAACUUUUUCUUAUCAAAAUCCAAAGCCUUUUUCAUUCUUUGAUGAGACUCAAUAUAAAGAUAAAUUGAAUGAGGGUCCUGCUGUCAAAGAGUAUAAAGCAGAAUUACAACCAUCAAACACUGGUAAACUAAGGCAUUCAUUUCCCAAAUCUUUGGUUACACAAAUAGAGAUAACCCCCGAUUCAACAAAAAGAAAACGAAGUCGAAAACAUGAGGUGAAACAACAUCCUGACAUGGUAAAACUUAUCAACAUUAAAUACCCAUUUAGAAAUAGGUCCAAAGAUGUACCCGUAAAGACAGUAAACUUCAAAGAGUGCCAAUUGUUUUUGAAAUCUCAAGGCAUUCCUUAUGAUGAAUUAGAGUACUAUCCAGAUGUUCAGAUGAUGUCUAAAAAUGAGAUUCUGGAAUGUAUCCUCAAGCUAAAGGAGCAUAAUAUUCAUAAUGUCUUCAGUUUGUUUCUAAUUCGUCGCAUUUAUCUUGAAAUGUCACUUGAAAGUAAGAUCAUCAUUUAAUAAUUUUAUUUUGUUCAAAUUCUGUAGUUUUUAUUUACGUAUUAUAAUGAAAAAAAUAUCUAGAUGUCAGGCAUUAUAGGUAAAUCUGAUGUAGAUUAAUUUACAAGUUUAUAUUAGAACACCACACAAUAAUAAAUAAAGCUUGACUUUAUUUGAAUGGCAAAAAUGGAAUAUAAACUGUUAAUUUAAAACGGAAAAUUUCCACCUGUCUACUUUCACUUAAUAUGAUUAAAAUAUAGCAACAGAGAUAAGUCUAAUAAUUUUUUUUUCUUUUCCCCCUUUUAAUUUGGGCAUUUUCAUAGUGCCUUGUAGAGCUGAUAUGAAGAAAAGGAAGAAUGGCAUUAGGAGACUCUGCAGCUUAAGGACUGUGCAGGACUACCUAGAGCUGUGUCAGAUCCUCAACAAACCAGAUUUAGACAUCAGAGGAUUAAUGGACAAGCUGGCUGAGCUAGGCAACAGUGAUGACUUAUUCGUUAUUUUGAAAAAGGUAGCAGAGUGGGGAUGAAUGCUGUGGGGCUGUCCAUAAUGGCAAGGGUUAUUGUUUAGCAGGGAGCUGCACCUAUUAUUCAUAACGGAGGAUCUUUAUAUUUUAACUGUUUAUUUAAAUAAUAAUAAAUGAAAGACUGCUUCUUUGUGUUAAAAAUUGAAAAAAAAGCAUAUUUAGGCCUAGGUUAAUUGCUUCUUAAAUAAAUAAAUAUUUGAAACCUAAUUUGAGAUUCAAGGAAACACACACGUGUUGGAAAACCUAAAGUGGCUCGGGGUGUUUCAGGAAUGGAUUUUUAACACUGGUCUUGUUUUUUCUUUAUCCCUUGAUUAGUUUUCCAAAAGCCCCUCUUUAACUCUCUUAAACAAAUAUUGUUUUCUUCAGGUGAAAAGGUUACAAUCUGUGGGAGCUACUUCUGAGGAUAUAUUAAAUAAUCUUGAGCUACUUUUGGGUUAUGAAUUUUUUUAUGAAAAGGUGAGGUCAUUUUUUAUUUUUAAAAUCUUUUUAGGUGGCAUGUGUUGUGAGCGAGAGUUGUUGUGAAUGUUGGGUAGGGGGAUUUGUGGAUCGUGAGUGUUUUGUGAGUUGUUGGUCGUGAGGUCAGAGCGUGAAGUUAGUCCGUGGUGUUGCACGUUUGCGUAGGCUGAGUUGUUGUGUGGUUUUAUAAAAGGGAUGUGUGUUAGCUAGAAGUCAGUCCGAGUCAGUGAGAUUGUAACAUUUGGGGGCCCGUCUGAAACUGCAACGAUCCUGCUGGCUGCCCUACCCUGCUGUUGCCAACCCUGCUGGUUGCCGUAUCCUGUGUGGUUGCCUGGUUGCCGUACCCUGUUUUGCUGAUCCUGCUGGCUACCAUACCCUGUUGGUCGCUUUACCCUACUGUUGCCAACCCUGCUGGUUGCCGUACCCUGUUGCCGUAUCUUGUGUUGCCGUAUCCUGUGUUGCCGUAUCCUGUGUUGCCGUAUCCUGUGUUGCCGUAUCCUGUGUUGCCGUAUCCUGUGUUGCCGUACCCUGUGUUGCCGUAUCCUGUGCUGCCGUAUCCUGUGUUGCCGUAUCCUGUGUUACCGUAUCCUGUGAGGUUGUCGUACCCUGCUUGUUGCGACACUGCUGUAAUACUGACACUAGUACUGUACCCGUGUUGAAUGUACCCUACUGCGAUUGUACGCCUACGCAUGUCAGCUACGUUGGGACCCAAGAUCAAGACCGGGUAAUUAGUAUAGUUUACAUUUGUUGCUGUAUAAGAUUGAUGUAUUUUUUUUAACAUUGCUUAUACUACUAUUGAGGGCUUUAAGAUUAUUUCAAAAUGGAAACAAGGAGUGGGAAGAAAAGUAGAGUGUUAGAGCUCAGGGAGGAGGCAGAGGCGAUAGGCUAUAAAGAUGAAGCCAUCACUCAGUGGAUAGAAAAAAGGUUAACCGAAGAGAGGGAAGAUCGGGAACGUCAGCUAGAGAGGGAAGAACGUGAGCGUGAUAAAGAACAUGCUCACGAGUUAGCAAUGGCAGAACUUGGUAGACAGCGAGUACAGCUAGAUGAGAAAAUAGCACGGGAAAAACGAGAGUGGAAAAGGAACCUAAUAAAGAAGCAAGAGGCUGAGUUUGAGGCGUGGUGUAGAGAAGAAGAAAGGGCUGGGAGACCUGUGGCUAGGAUACGUAGAAAUAACGUUAAGGAAACUGGGGAGUCUUUAGUAGAAGUUGAGGACCGUAAAGGUAUUUCGUUAGGCAAGGAAAAUGAGAUUGAACAGAAUAGUACUGACUUAGUUGAAGAGAAUAGAAUAAACGGGGUAGUUAGUAUAAAUUGUUUAGAUCCGUACGAUAGAAAUGACUGGUCAGUAGGGGAAAGAGAGGAUAGUAAUUACAUGACAGAAGGGAAAAAAAUAGAUGAGGUCAAUAGUAGAGGGGAUGUGCUGAGAUGGUGCAGGGAGAGCAAGUCGUGGGUAGAGCUAGCAGAUAAUAAAAAUAAAACUGAGAAGGGGGACAAUAGGAGAAAUGAUGAAUGGGAAUUUUUUCAGUUAGGAAUAGUAGAAGAAUAUUUUGAAGACACAGGGGCAGAAAAGAGGGGGAUUGUUCCGUUGGAGAAAUUUGAAACUAGGGAAAAUGAUAAGGAAUGUAUUAUUUUGUUAGCAGAGGAAAAAGAGGUCACUGAGAAAAUGUCAGAUUUUCUGGAAGAGAUCAACUAUCCUGAGGAAAUGAGGGCAAGCAUAACUGAGUGUAGGGGCGAGGAGUUUUUUUUAGUUUCGAGGGAGGAGGUCAGCAUAGUUGAAGCACACUAUGAAGAGAUACAGGGCGAAAUAGAGUUUUUUGGUACGGGUGUUGUGUGUGAGCACAGGGAUAUGGCUUCACGUGGUGAUUUUGGUAUGGAUGUUCCACACGUUAGUAAUAGUGUUAGUGAUGUUCCACAUUGAGGUAAUGUUGGCUGUCUUGAUGGACAAGAUGAUUUUGAUGCAGCUUUUGCUUAUACUUAUAAUGUACAAGAGUCGUUUAAUGUACAACAGAGAAAUGUAAAUUUUUUACUGAAAAAAGAUUUUGAUUUAGUGAACGAGGCAGUUGUUGGUUGUGUGAGUGACGAAAGUGUGUGUUGUGAGUUUGAAUGUGUCAGAGACUGGACAAGUUACGGUGAGCACGACGUGGAGGUCGUGAACUUGUCAAGGGCAGUCCCGAGAGGGGGACAUAAGGUGAACAAAGUUGAAGUCAUUGGUAAUGACCUCAGAUGGAGCUACGAGGGUCGUAGUCCACACGCUGAAGUUAGUUGUGUCACUGGUUGCUCGAGGUGUGAGAGCCAGUGUAGUAGCAGGUCUGGUUUAGACUCAGACAGUCUUGUUGUUGACUGUUGUCACUUUGAGUCCGUGGAGGACGUGACCUUUUGUCCUGAUGUGGGACCAGGGGAUAGAAAUAAUGUUUUUCAUAAUAAAUUAUGUCAUGUGGGUUUAGGUGGGGGAUGUUUUGAUUUUGUUUUUGAUGUGAAUUAUAAAAUUGUAUUAUGUCAUGAGAGCCGGGAGCGCUCCAGUUUUGAACUUAUUGACGGUUUACAUUUUGUUGAGAGGUUUUGCCAUGAGUUGGGAGGUGAGAAUUGUAAAUUUAGUUUCACUGGGUUAUGUGAACGUUUGAUUUGGACGAUGUGUUUUGAAUUUUUGUGUAACUUUUUGCCUUGUAAAGUGUUAUUCAAAUUGCUUGUAGGGGCUGACAUGUUAAGCCAGGGGAGAGAAGUAAUGUUUAUAGACAAUGUUGUGAGCGAGGGGAGAAAUCUGCACGCUUUUUGGAAAGCGACAGAGAAGCGGAAUAUCCCACCCUCAUUGAGUGUACUAACUGGCGGGACAAUUAAUGGCUGUCCAUAGGAUUACCGAUGUUGACAAUUUUUUUCUCCUUGAAGUCAGUUUUUCCCUUAUUUUUGGGUCGAAAAUUUUUUUUUGGUGUGUCAUGUUUUAGUUUUUGAGAACAGGGAAUGGUUAUUGUUUAUUUUGAUGUUGAUGUAAUUUUAUUUUAGGAUCUUUUGCCGAGGGUGUAGUUAACACUAUGAGUACCAUUGUAAUGUUGUGAGCGAGAGUUGUUGUAUUUUGUACUUGAUAUUGGAAUUCUAGGGAUAACGCUGUUCAUUUUUUGCUAUUGCAAUUUUGUGAUGUCAUUUUGGAGUGUGACAUCACUACUGUGAGUGAUGUCAACGAAAGGGGGGAGGAAUGUUGUGAGCGAGAGUUGUUGUGAAUGUUGGGUAGGGGGAGUUGUGGAUCGUGAGUGUUUUGUGAGUUGUUGGUCGUGAGGUCAGAGCGUGAAGUUAGUCCGUGGUGUUGCACGUUUGCGUAGGCUGAGUUGUUGUGUGGUUUUAUAAAAGGGAUGUGUGUUAGCUAGAAGUCAGUCCGAGUCAGUGAGAGACAGGGAGAGUGUUAGUAAGAGUUCAGAGUUAGUAAGAGUCCGAGUUAGUGAGAGACAGUCAGAGUUAGUAUUAUCGCUAUUGAACGUCGUCACUGUGAAUUGCUAUUGGAUCCUGUAAAUAAAGAACUGUUGUAUUUCUAUGCUGGAGUUGUGAUGUAUAUAUAGAUAUGAAGAAAGUGUUGUGAACCCCUAGACAACGUGGAGUCUGCUGACUGUGCAGUAAACGUAACUACUGCGGGAUGUGUUGAAGUGUAAGGACGAAGAUCCUAACAUGUCAAGUAUUGAGAAUGUCGCAACUGGAGACAACGUAAGAAGGCCGCGACAUUUGAUGAAGGCCUCAGCUUAUUAAACUAAGGUCGUAACAUUUGAAGUUACGAAGAAGUUUGUAACAGCAUGGUACAUUCUUAAUGGUGGCUUAGUAUAAUUUCUGAGGUCUUUGCAUUUGCACGUUCUGCAUUUGCUAUCGAUAUCAACAAACAGGUUUGCAUGACUGGAGAUAGCCAUUUUGAUGUAGUGCAGCAUAGGGCUUGGCUUAUAUUUUACAUCAACAUUGAGUAAUUUAAGCCUCCAAACUUGUCUUCUUCAAUAGUAUGGCCUUAAUACUGACAUCACAGAGUAAAUGUGCUGUAUUAUCCCAUACCCACCCCUCCCUCGUUUAGGAAAAGUUGUUUACAUUCUACAUUCGAACAUGUUCUCAUUAUUCUAAAGAAUGCCAUUAGGUGAUGCAAUUUUUAUAAUUUCUGUAAUAGAACGUUCUGAUUUAGUUCCUGUAAAUAGAUUGCCUGCUUUCUUAGCAGAGAGACAGAUAGAGAGUGCAAUUGAGACGUUUUUGCUAUUCGAGAUGUAUAGUUGUGGGUGUGUAAAUUAAUUAUUUUAUUUUGAGGAGUGUACCUUUUUCACUUGCUUUAAGUUGAUAUAGUUUUUUGCUUCUGUAUUCAAAUUUUUAAUUUUGUUGAAAUUUAAUAUUGUUAGUAUCAUUAGCUUUGGUAUAGUUUUCUUUGCAUUAUGUUUUCUCAGUCUCUUGUUUCACAUUGUUCAUUCUAUGAGCAAAAUUUUAACACAGAUUAUAUGAAAACCAUAAUGGUAUGGAACAGUAUGCAAUUCAAUAACAUUACAAUAGUGUGCGGUUGAGCAGUCUAAACUGGGUGAAUCAAAAAAGCUUGUGUUCUGGAGUUUAAUCCCCGUCAAAGCCUGGACAAGCAAAAACAUCACCAUCACCCCAGGUGGAUGGGACUCAUUAGCCUGGGAUGGCAACUCAUCUAUGACAAUGAAAACUCUGAAUUCAAACCCGUAAAUGGGGUCCCUUAGGCGGAUAACAUUGACACAAUGAAAAUUCCGACAACUCCUGUGACACUACUGGUGCACCACAAUCAUCCACAUAUGAUGUUCCCUUGGGUUAUCCGGGUGCUUGGAGAGAGCCGAUCUGCUGUCAUAUGGUACCAGAUUAUCCUUCCACAGAAAAAUCCCAGGCAUUGUGAGUUCGUCCUGCAAUAAAAGUAAUAAGUUGCAGGCUUGGGUUGAAGUGGUGUUACCAAUCUGUGGUAAUGAAUGGGAGGAUUAUGGGACAAGAAAAAGUGACUUUUUCAGUUCUUAAAAUUGAUUAUUUUUUGCAAUGUGUCAUUGUUUCCCCGUGCAAUUAUAAUAAUUUCAGUAUGACCUUGUCUGGGACGAACAGUAUGGAAAAAAAGAUGAUAUUUUUAAAAUCAUAUUCAUAUACAUAUAUUGGGUUUAUAAAAAAAUAAUUAUAAUUAAUAUGUUUUCUAGUUAUGCUGAUGUAGUCUUGCAAAAUGAUAUCUGAUUAUUCCAUACCUAGCGAGUGUUUAUAUCUUAUCAAUUCCAGAUUGAAUUGUACGAGAAGACUUUACUACACACCACAUUACCACAUUUUCCUGUAAAGCUUUUCUUUGCCAAAAAACUGAACACCUUCAAAGAGCAGCUAGCCCUUGGGGAUGAGAUUCAAGAAAUGGCAAAUAUGCUUGGUGUUAGUCUUACAGAAUUCCAGGUAAUUUAAGGUGAUCCACGGGGGAAAAUAUCGAUAUUUUAUAUAAUUUUAUAAAAAAUGAGAUUUAUGGUGAAUUUUGCUAGAUAAACAUGUAAAGAACAUUUUGGUUUUUACCAUUUUCAUAAAAAAAUUAUUAAAAGUUGUUAAAAAUGUAUUUUAAAGUAGUAUGGUAAGAGCAAAUUUUGACCUCGGGGGCAAAAUUCAGGCCUCAUAGACCCCCUGGCCCGCCCCCUUUUUUAUAAUACAAUUACAACGCAAUAUAGUCAUAUGUGGUAUCGAUCGAAAACUUAGCCUAUUUACUUGGUAAUGGUAUCGCCCACUAAUAUAUCCAGAAAUAAGGCUGGCGGGAACUGCCGUCCAGCAAACCCUACAGAAAUUCUUCAAACGCAUUUUCUCAUUGGUCGAGAUUUAAAUUUUUAAUUUAUAAGCCAUUAUCAUUGGUCGGCUAAUUUUAGAUGUGACCUAGAUGGAACAAAUCUAUCCCACAAUGCAAUGCCGUCCUCCCAUUUUCAUUCCGUAUCAUUGCGUCCAGUCAGCAUUACCCGUUUCCAACGAUCUACUUUACUUUUGCAGUCUUCAAAUAAAUUCAAAUUUGAACUUAUUUUCUUGCUUUGAAAAGGUAAGUUGAAUUAAUUAUUGUAUAAUGUAAUUUAUAAUAAACAAUUAUAGCUAGUUUUUGGCGCUCCAGGGAAUGUUGAGCUAGGUUUAUUAUAAUAAUACAGUGGUCAUUAUCCCUAGGCCUACUACUAGUAUUAUUAUAAUUUUACGAAACAGAUAUAUACACACACUGUAAUAGAUGUAGGCCUAUGAAUUAAAUUAAAAUCUACUCUAUGCCUAAUUAUACAAAAUUUUUAUACAUAAUUAUAACAUUACGAAACGUUCCUUAUUCUUUUCAUUUACGUUUGUGUCCUUACACGUGUGUAAUUUGGUGUAAUAUAAUAAUUUAUUUUUUUUUUCAUUUUUGUUGUCCUUGACAACAAUAUUAUUAUGAGAUGAUAAUCAUAAUGAAAUGAUAAAUGUCAAAAGAAUGAAAAAAUUGAAUUUGAAUAAGUAUGCCUAGAGUUUCCUAAAUUGUAUUUUUUUUAAAAAUUAAACAAAAAUAAUAAUAGAAAUGUUUCCAUUCCUUAACAAUAAUUCUGAAAUUAUAUAUUUACCUUUGCCUAGGGGCUAAGCCUAAUAUAGUUUUAUUUUAUUUUUUAAAAGCCAAUUAAAACAUUUUUUGGGGGGUUCAUAGUACAGAGAAUCAUGGCCCCCAAGACCAAGAGAUCCAAGCAACUUGAGAAAGCCAGAAUAGCGCGAAAGGAGAAAAGUACAGGGCCAGGGUCCAAACUUCACAGCCAGCUUCAGCACCAGCCACACUGCCAGCUUCAGCACCAGCCACACUGCCAGCUACACCACCAGCUUCACCACAAGCUUUACCAAUAGCAAGAGGAGCAGAAGAGAUUAUGGGGAAUUUUGCUGUGAAUCGUCUGCCUCGAAGAAAAAGCUUAAUUCUUUAGAGUUUUAUCGUUCCGUAGGCCUCUCUGCCUCUUCUAUCAUACAGAUAGAUGCCCUCCAGCCAUUCUUUGAAAAGUUUCAAUGCCCGCAAUGCCAGGAGGGACACUUCAUGGUCAACAAUGAUGAAGAGAAACCCAUUGGGUUAGCAUUAUUUUUACAAGUCAUCUUACUUUCAAUUGUAUGCAAUGGCAAAACUUUUGAUGUCAACAAGAGAGCUGUGGCAACAUCAUUAGUGACUGGAUGCUGGAUGCAUGCUGGUAUGGGGAAGUUUUUUGAAAAAAUUAAUGUACCAAACAUUCAUCAAAAGUCAUUUGACCAACAUCCUACCAUCCUGCAUCAAUCACUACCAGCCUAGAAGGAUAAGUUGUUGGAGCUUGCAGUGGAGGCAGCUUAUCGGGAGCAAAAUGAAGAAGAGGUGCCUCUCAAAGUUUUGCCAGAAAUGUCCAACAACGGUUAAGAGGAUGAGGGAGGAGAGUGAGACCAAGUAUAUUGCUUGGAUGGAGGGCCAUAAAGUAUCCUGGGAUGUCAACCACUCAGGGUCUAGUGGCAGCAUGGAGCAACAGGCUGCUGUUGCAAUGUGGGGCAGGUCAGUUCCGAAACAUGGUUUACGUUAUCCUACUGUUGUGUCCAAUGGAGAUGGAGACACAAACACUAUCAAGUCGAUGCAUAAUUCUAAUCUGUAUCCCGGCUUGGUUGUGGAAAAGCAUGAGUGCGUAAACCAUGUUUCGAAACGACUUGGAACUGCUUUGAGGACCCUGGUGGAUACAAAAAAAAAAAAAGCAAAAGAUAACAUUUGGUGGUAAAGGUGUUGCGCCUUACCCAGGACGAGAUCAAACGGCUACAGAAAUAUUUAACUAAGGCUGUUAGAUCAAACCAAAGUGUGGAAGAUAUGAAGCAGGCAAUUUGGGCAGGAUUCUGGCAUUGCACUUCAACUAAUGAAGAACCCGCCAUGAUGACUGCCCAGAUGGUGAGACGUCCUGGUGUUUUUUCAAGAAGACAUUGGGGAAAGGUUUAGUUGUCCCUAAACGUCCUUCGCAUAUUUCAACAUAUCUAAACCCAACGGUAGCUGAAUAUGUGAAAGAUGUUUACGAAAAAAUGACUAACGAGGACUUGCUACGCCGCUGCCUUCAAGGAAAAACCCAGAACGUCAAUGAGUGCAUCCACUCACUCAUAUGGACCCGAUGCCCCAAACACAUUUUUGUCAAAGGGUCAAGGCUGGAAAUUUCUGUAGCCGUGGGUGUUGGAGAAUUCAAUAUGGGUUCAAAGGCGUCCCAAGACUUUUUAUCUUCCGUUGGCUUAGGAAUAGGACAUAUGACACAUCAGCUGGGGGAAAAGAGGGAUAGGGUUAGAGUUUGGAAAGCUGAGCCAGCUUUAAAAUUAAAUGUAAAGAGGAGGAGGGAACUAAUUAGAGUGGCGGAAAGGAGGGCAUCAGAUAGGCUUUUACUAGUAGAAGGGGGUGCGCAGUAGUAGAAUGGGGUGCGCAGUAUUUGGGGGGGGGGGGGGUUCAAAAGAUUUUUGAAUUAUUAAAAUUAUUUAGGAGGGGUUUCAAAAUGUUCUCGCUCUCCUCCUUGGCUUUGUUUUAUAAAACUUAUUUCACUGUAUUUUUCAUUGUUUUCAAGUAAUGAAUUGUUUAUAUGCUUAUUUAAUUCAUCAGCUAAAUUGGAAUGUGUCUGUAGCUGUUUUUAUUGAUAUUUUUCAUUUUGAUUUUUUCUCGACAAACAAAUUUUCAAUUAUUCUGUUGUUGCCAGAUGUAUCAAGAGGAUUUUAUAUUGUUUUUUUAUGUAUGAAUGGCAUAUGUUAUUGUUAAAUGCCUCUUAUAUUGUUCAAGUAGUUUUAAUUUUUUAAAUUAUUUUUUUCGUAUUUCUCAACUUUGCGUUUUUCAGAUUUUUUAGAAACGCCAACCGAGUCAGGUGGAAAAGUAUUAUAGCUACAGGCUUCAAACUUUCCAUGCUUCUUACCAUUGAUAUUAUCUACAUAAUAACAGUACCAGAUUCAGCAGUGGCAUUGGACGAAUUUAACCUUUUCCAUGCCGAUAGAACAACCAACAGCGGCAAAUCCAAGGGAGGGGAUUGGCAAUAUAUAUUAACAAAAAAUACUCUAGCAUCAACAACAGUACAGUGAAACAUGUAGUUUGUACACCCGACAUAGAACUACUCUUGCAUUACUUUAAGGCCAUUUUACCUACCUAGGGAGUUCACCCAAAUCUGUAUCAUCCUUACUUACAUUCCACCUAAUGCUAACAAGGAGCAGGCUACUAAGAGACUUUUGGAUGUAAUUCAUGAUUUUGAAACAACCCAGACUCCGUUCGUCUUGUUUACAUCCAGUACGUUACUUGCCCCACGCGACAAGACUGAACUCUGGAUAUGUGUUAUGGUAAUAUAAAAAGGUCUACAUAUGUCAUGCUUUAUUUCCACUUGGAGAAUCCGAUCACAUAAUGUUCCGCCUAACGCCAUGCUAUAAGCCAGUUUUAAAAACAACAAAAAUUCAAUCAAAAUUUAUUGAACUGUGGUCAGAUGAGGCGACAGAAAAACUUUAAGCCUGCUUGGAAUGUACAGACUGGGACACGUUUAUAAACACUUGCCCGGACAUUGACGAGCUCACAAAUACCGUCAAUUCCUAUAUUAAGUUCUGUGUAGACGAAAUUAUUCCCAAAAAGACGAUCCGAGUAUUUAACAACAACAAACCCUGGAUGAGCAGAGAAAUAAAGGAGGCCAUACACCAAAAGAAGAUCAUGUUUAAGAUUACGAUCAGGAAUGCAUUAAAGCAGCCUGGAUUUUGGAAGAGUGUACAAUGAGAUGAUGAAUUCAUUUCAAGAUGGAAGUAGUACACAGGAUGGUAUUUUAUUGUUUACCGAACAGAGAGUGAUGUCAUUAUUUAACCAAGUGGACGCAGCCAAAGCCUCGGGACCAGACAAAUUAAGUGGUUGGCUCAUUAAACUAUGUUCAGAGCAGCUCUCCUACAUUUUUUGUUACAUAUUUAAUUAAUCUUAUGUAACUCACACAAUACCAGCAAUUUGGAAAACUUCAGAAAUCAUGCCAAUUCCAAAGAAAAUUGGGGUAACGUGCAACAACGACUUACGACCUGUUGCACUUACCUCUAUUGUCAUGAAAUGUUUUGAGAAAAUAAUUCUGAAAGAAAUUUUGAAUGAAGUACAGCAAAAACUUGACCCCCCACCAAUUUGCUUACAAACCUGCCAGAAGUACGGAGGACACAAUCUUACUAUUGUUGGAGAGACUUUACCAUCACCUAGACAGUCCUAAAACAUAUGCCAGAGUGCUUUUCUUAGACUUCUCAUCAGCAUUUAACACUAUCCAACCACACCUUAUGAUAAAGAAACUUUCCUCGUAAGGAGAAAGCCUAUACCGCAACUUAGUUACAAGCUUUAUCAAUUGGUGCGAUGAAAAUUUUCUCCAGUUGAAUGUCUCAAAAACAAAAGAAAUGGUUGUUGAUUUCAGGAGGGGGAAACACCAGAUUACAGAUCUCAACAUAAAAAAUCAAAAUGAGGAGAAAGUGGAGGCAUACAAGUACUUAGGUGUCACCAUUAAUAAUAAGUUGACGUGGCAUGAGCACGGCCAAAUGCUGUAUAUGAAAUUAAACCAAAGACUGUUCUACCUCAAAAAACUGUACAAUUUCGGCGUAAACAAGCAAGUCGUUAACUGAUUCUACGGUGCAACUAUUGGAAGCCUGCUUAAUUUCAGUAUUACCUGCUGGUGUCUGAUAUUAAACACCGCAUAAACCGACUAAUCAAGAAAGCUAGGAACAUAACACAAACUAAACAUCCUUCACUUCAAGAACUAUUUGAAGAAAGAUGUUUUUGUAAAACUAAACACAUUUUGGAUGAUACAUCCCACCCUCUUCAUCACAGAUACUUAGGAUCGGGCCGUUUGGGACGAAUUCUUUCCAUCAGGGCGAGGACUGACAGAUAUACAAAUUCUUUUGUUCACCAAUCUAUAUGAAUUUACCGGCAUGCUUACUCUGAAGUCACACAUCUGAAUGAGAACUCAUAAGUCCCAGAUAUUUGCCAAGAGAACUCACUGAAUGGCUGUUUGAAAUAAUUUAUAAUAAAUGUCUUGUGUUCAAAUUGUUUUAUUUUUGUGCCGGAAAUGUAUAAUUCAAUCAAAAACAUUUCCAUUUAUUUGGAUCAAUAAAAGAAUCUUAUCUUAUCUUAUAAUGACACCUCCUUCCUCUGGAUCUGUCCAACAGGAAUUUUUAAUUAUUUUAUUAUUAUACACAUUUUUUUUGGGUCGGGGGUUGUUAUUUUGAAAAAAUUAUUUUAUUAAUUUUCUGUCUUUUAUAUCUGUGUUUUGUAUUUUUUUUUAAAAUUUAUGUAUGGUUCAUGUACAUGGCAUAUGCAUCCUAUAUUGUUCAAAUAGUAUUUAUUUUUUAAAAAAUUAUUUUUCGUUUUUUUUCAACUUUGCGUUUUUCAGAUUUUUCAGGAAUGCAAAAUGUUUCUAGGAGGAAAAGUAUUACAGAUAAAGUCUUCAAACUUUCCAUGCUUCUUACCAUUAGUAUUAUAUACAUAAUGACACCUCCUUCCUCUGGAUCUGUCCAACAGAAAUGUUUAAAUUAUUUUUAUUGUUUGACACUUUUUAUUUGGGACAGGGAGGUUGAUGUUUGAAAAUAUGACUUUGUUAAAUUUCUAUCUUUUAUAUCUGUGUUUUUAUAUUGGUGUUUCAUUUAUGAAUUAGUAGAUGUACAUGUUAUAUGCAUUAAAUCUUGUUCAUGUAGUCUUUAAUUUUAAAAAAAACAAAACAAUUUUAGACUUCUUUUUCGUUUUUCUCAAUUUUAUGUUUUUCAGAUUUUUUAGGAAUGCCAAUUGUAUCAGGAUAAAAGCUACAGGCUUCAAACUUUCCAUGCUUCUUACCAUUGAUAUUAUCUACAUAGUGACACCUCCUUUUUUCAGAUCUGUCCAACAGAACUUUUAAAAUUAUUUUUUUUACAUAUGCUUCCCCCGGUAUUUUGCCAAAAAAUUAUGUGACUCCACAAAUAUGUCAUUUGUAGAUGCUCCAAUAAUUGUAAUGCAGAAAGCUGGGUGUCAUUUUUUUAACAACUGUACUCUUGAGUGUGCAAAGUUUCAUUAUGAUGUUGAUAAACCUUUUGGUGUUGAUACAUUUUGCGUAACUAUCAAUAUUUGUAUAAAAUUAUAUAUUUUUUGCAAUAAAAGUUCCAAAAAAAUUUUUAAAAAUAAACUUCUAUGUUUUUUUGUCUUUUUAUUGGUGUAUAGUUAGUAUGUACUAAAAAAAAAAAAUUAAUUUAAGAAACAUAGAAAAAAUUUUUUUGAUCCAUGGACCACCUUAAUUCAAGUGACAUGUAUAGGAUAUUUGUCAAUUUUUUUUUAGAACCUAUUUUUUUUAUUUAUUGAUUUUAAUCUUUUUCACAGGCUUGCUGGGGAUUUCGUAUUCACAACACAGUUGAACUCAAGUACAAAAUCCAGAUGUGUCUCAAUGCUGGCAUCUCAAAACAAGAUAUCUUCAACCAUCUCAAAAUGCUUGAUACGUAAGUUCUUCCUUGCCUCAAAAUAUUGAAACUAAUUGACAGCUUGGGGAUUUUAUUCAACAAACUUUGAUGCAGUGGACGACUGGCCAAGCCACACUCAGGUCGCUAAAGAGCCGCAUGCGGCUCACAAGCCGCGGUUCUGCGGUUUGCAGACCACUGCCCUACAGUAUACUGGUUCUAAUCCUAUUUUUUUAAUAAAUAUUUUCAGGCGAAAAAUUUGGAUUUACAGCUUAUGUGAUUUAUAGGAGAUUUUUAUAAUUUUCUCCGGUUACAUUGAAUAAUGAAAUUUUUCUCGUAGAUCGUCAAAGUCCUAGUUUACUUUAUGCUCUAUGAAAUUUGAAUAUGUUAACAGAAGCUUAAAAUAUUAAUAUAACAAAGAUACAGGAAGUAGAUGGUGCCAGGUGUAAUGAAAAUUGCAACCUAAAAGUCAAUUAUAAUGAACAAAAGCCUGGCCUUUGUGUCUUAUCCUAGAUAUUUUUGGUACCCUAUUGCUUACUUGAGCAUAUGUUACGUGGUAGGACUGUUUUGUUUAUAUACCCCACAGACCUAGCCUUGUCAACAUACCACCUUCCAGGAAUGUUGACAAGUCAUUACAAUAAUAAGGUGCCAGACCAGCAUCUGCAGUUCACGUUUGGCCUACAUUUACUUAUUAAGCCACACGAAAUGAAUCAGUAUAAGUAUCAGUAUACUGGUUGUAUUCUCCUACAGUUAGAGAGAGACAAGAUGAGCAUAUUGAUGCAUGACUAGCUUUCCAUGGCAUUUGCUAAAUGCUGAAAUGUCACAUUAAGUAAUGGCGUCUUAUGGCCGUCGAGCUAAUGUUCUUUAUGCCCUCCCCAAAGCAUCCCCCUAAGCCCGGUAUCGGCCGCGAAGCGGCACGUUGGAGAUGUCUCCAUGCCAGGACAGCCCCCACCCGAGUCUGCUCAAUUGGGUUCCGCUGGGGGCCGUCCCAACCCAAAGACAUCCAGUCGGUCUGACACUGUGUUUGCAUGCGGUGCACACGAUCGAAUUUCUCAGGAGUCGGGAUGGUAAAUUAACGUCCUAAAAUCUUCCCCCACCCAUUCAUGGGGGAGGUGUUGGAUGCCCUUUAAGAGGGUUUCUACAGUGGGUUUCCACGACACAACUAAUUUGCGAAGUAGCUGGGACGAAACGGUUGCCUUGGAGCAGCUUCUCAGAGCUGCAUAGUAAGAAUCAUCGGCUAGAGGUUACCACCUUUGCCUCUCGCCUCAUAUCCAUUAACGGCAACUUGUAAUCAUGAUCCCUAACCUUUCUCUGCCUUUGCUUCCAAUUGUGAACUGUCACAGCUGGCAUCCCUGUAGGUGCUGUUUUAUUCUGCCCACGCAGGACACGCCACAAUGGUCUUGUUCCCUGGGUAACGUCGAAGGGGUCGGUGGCCGACGCUAAGUACUAGAUUGGGCUAUCCAAUAGUUAGCAGCAAUAAUAAUUCCAGGAACCCAUAGUAGUGAUAAUACUCUUUAUAUUACUGUGAAAAUUAGAUAUUGUUAUACCUUUAUUCAUUUUUUUAUAUGUAGAUUUUAUGUAUCUUUAUUCAUAUUAUAUUCCAUGUAAUAAAGUACAUUUAUAUAAAGAACUGAUUAUCUUCAUUUUAGUCAGCAGUGUGUCUAUAAUCUACCUGUGUCAGCCCAUUUUCAUAUUCCCCUAGACCACGAGCUUGUUCUAAUUCAUAGAACAACACAGGGAGUGUAACAUAUACUAUGAGUCAAUCAUGAGCAGGUUAAGGCUUUUUCCUGUCCAAAACUAUGAACAAACUGGCUUUUGAAUGAGUAUCUUUGGUAAUGUUUAUGAGAAUGAAACUGAUAUUGAAUUCCCAAGGGACAGAACCCAGGCUGCAUGGAUAGAAACUUUUUAUCCCAUACUGUUACGUCAUGAGGACCAACCUGUUUUAAGAGCUUUACAACCAUGUCUGACUUUAAAUAAAAUCAUUCACAUGUUUACAGGUUUCCGGUAGAAAAAUGUCACGCAGCGACCACAUGUUUCCGCACAUCUGGUCUUCCGGCCUCAGUUUAUGUUCUACAUCACAUGGAGAGCACAUUGGAAAUGAAUGGAGGAACUCAUGCAGCCUGUGAUGAAACAACCGAUUCUUCAUCAGGUAAUCAUUUUUUUUUUUUAUUUUUGAAAGGGAACCUCAAAUGACAUGAUGCCCUCCAAAAUGAAUUUUAAAAAUUUGUUUAAUAGUUAAUAGGAUUUAAUAAACUAUAGCAUACUUGAAAACGGGCUAUAUUUUACAAUUUAAAGAAGAUAUGUUGACAUAUUUUUAGUAAAUAUUUUCAUGUGGACGUAAAGUAACAAUACUGUGCAAUAAAUACACUUUUACCAUUUCCUCUAUUAUUGUUAUUUCCUCUAUUAGUGUUAUUUCUUCUUCUUCUUCUUCUAUAUCUUAAGGGCCCACGAUCAAUUUAUUGAUCAUUUUGGCUCCUAUGCAUGUAUUUCCUCUAUUAGUGUUAUUUCCUCUAUUAGUGUUAUUUCCUCUAUUAGUGUUAUUUCCUCUAUUAGUGUUAUUUCCUCUAUUAGUGUUGGAAGUAAAAUGCUAUAAAUUCCUUGAAUUUAAAUUAAGAACAACAUAUUUUUUUUACCCCAGUUGUGAGUAAAAUUUAUUUUAAAAAAUGACAGUAGUUAAAAAUGUCCCCAAUUUAUGUAUCUGAGUAUUCUAAGAAACAUUUUUGUUUUUUUAAAUGCCAGAUUGGACUUGCCAUGUUGGCAAUGUUUCCCCAACCCUCCCGUCUUCGAAAAAAUCAAAAGUUCAACUGGGGAAAACCAUGUUGAGCACCAAAAGGCUACGGCGGCAAAUUUUUUUCAUGAUCAGCAACCUGCUGAAGCUUGACAACAGAACGGUGACAACCAUGUACGAAAGCGGCAUCGAUGUCAGCUCCACGGAUGUGCAAGAUAUUGCCAAGAAUUUGGAUUUCUUGCAGUUGACGGGCUUCACUAAAGAACAGAUCGCCGCCUUUCCGUUGAUCCUCGCUCACUCCAACAAGAAGUUGAUAAGGGUGGCCGGUGAGGCAAAAGAUAGGGUGCGCAGCAGCCUCCUGUCAUCAUCCCUACUGCCGCAAGCCUCUCCGGUGGCUGACGUUCACACUGGAGCUCUCCCAAACACUGUAUCACCGAGUCAGGAGCAAGUGUCUCCUUUGUCGCCAGACAUGCUGAUGGGAAACGAUCCGUCUUCAGAAGAUUUUUUGGUGGCCGAGGUUUUGUUUGCCUCCCCUGAGAGACAUCUCAACACUCUUCAGUAUUUGUUGGAGAAGGAGAACAGUUUUAGCCUGGCCUCGCCAGAUGGGCAGAAAGUUUCUGGAUUUAUUCACUUAACAGCUUGAAAUUUUCAAGCACAAUUGACUGCUACUAGCAUUCUGACAAGCACGACUAACUCAAGUAUAUAGAUCAUAAGAAGUCAGGCCUAGUUUACCUUUCGCUUCUAUGAAUGACCAUACAGAGGGAUUAUCUCUGCCCAGCCAAGCAUUCUCUCUCUCUCUCUCUCUCUCUCUCUCUCUCUCUCUCUCUCUCUCUCUCUCCCCCCCCUCCCACAAGUAUAUAGAUCAUAAGAAGACAGGCCUCGUUUACCUUUCGCUUCUAUGAAUGACCAUACAGAGAGAUUAUCUCUGCCCACCCACGCACUCUCUCUCUCUCUCUCUCUCUCUCUCUCUCUCUCUCUCUCUCUCUCUCUCUCUCCCCCCUCCCGCUGGUCACUACAGCACUAACAAUGCGAUUAGAGUUUAUAAUGUGAUUAGAAAUAUUUUUAGCUUUACUGUAAAAGUAAAAGGCUUUACAUAUAGACUUGCUUCGAAUGUUAAAUUUUGAAGACACUUAUGUUCAUUUUCAUGAAAGACUUUACCUUUAAAAGAUGUUGAUGCAUUUUGUGUUUGGCUCAAUAAAAUAGACAAGUGGAAUUUUUUUUAUUCUG